UAAUUGCUACUACAUAUAAGACAACUCUUUGAAGAGCAAAAAAUAUCAAAACCAUAUUGCCUUGUAAUUGUUGUCCGAACUGAUGACUCUUCUAGUCUUCUACAUCUUCCUCUCUUUACAAUUGAAAGCUUCAGCAUCACACACAUGGAUCAAAUCCGGUUAUUGGUACACCGGUAGCGAAUACCCGAUACCCAACAUAAACACGGCUCUUUUCACUCACCUAAUAUGUGCUUUUGCAUACAUCAACUCUUCAACCCACGAGCUCGUUUUAUUAACAUCAGACGAGCCGUAUAUAUCGUCGUUUACAUCUACCAUCAAAAAAAGCAACCCAUCAGUUAAGCCACUUUUGUCAAUAUGGACAGAAAAUGAGGGCUGCGAACACAAGGACGGGAAUUCAUCCAAAUUUUUGCUGAUAACCGAAAACCCCGCCUAUCGAAAGAGUUUCAUCGAGUCUUCAAUAAAAAUGGCUCGGGCUUACGGUUUUGAAGGGCUCGAUCUUUAUGUUACAACUUUGUUAAAAACAAAGGGAAACAUAACCACAUUAGGGAUCUUAUUUAACGAGUGGCGAGCUGCGGUGGAUGAAGAAAAACUGAUCUUGACCAUGGGAGGUCAUUUCUCACCUGAACUCGACUUGGUGAGUUACCCCGUUGACUCAGUACGCAGAAAUUUUGAUUGGGUGCAUGUUCAAUCAUACGACUUUCAUACACCUAAGAUCGAUAAUUUCACGGGGGCCCAUUCAGCCUUAUAUGAUCCAUUUAGCCACAAGAAUACAGAUUAUGGUAUAAAUGAAUGGAUCAAAAGAGGAUUACCGGCUAGCAAGCUGGUGUUGGGUUUAGCAUACCAUGGCUAUGCCUGGACCCUUGUGGACCCCAAAGAUAAUGGCAUCGGUGCACUGGCUAAAGGUAUUGCUAUAACAAUAGAUGGGUCGCUGAGCUAUGACUAUAUCAAGAAGUACUUGAGCAGUUACAGAGUUAAUCCAGUGUAUAAUUCAACAUACGUGAUGAGUUAUUGUGCAAUUGGUUCGUUUUGGAUUGGGUUUGAUGAUGUGGAGACUAUCAGAAAUAAAGUUGCUUACGCGAAAGAGAAGGGGCUUCUUGGUUAUAACGUAUGGCAGGUCCCUAAUGAUCGCAACUGGGAACUCUCAAAAGCGGCUGCGGAAGAAGAUAACUACAGCCCCCAUAAGCUAUCAUUGGCGAUUAGUUUGUGCAUAGUUGCUUCCUUUAUCCUGCUACUAGGCUGCAUAAUUUGUUACCUGAGAAAAAGGAUGAUAUCAAAAGUGAAACAAAUGAUCAUCAUGAUUAAGACGAUGAUGAAUAGAGGCAAAUCAUCAUAUCAUAAUCAGCAAGUAAUUAGCUUUGAAGACAUAAGAGAAGCUACAAAUAGCUUCUCGGAAGAAAAUAAGCUUGGCGAAGGGGGGUAUGGACCAGUUUACAAGGGAAAAUUAUCAAAUGGACAAGAAAUUGCAGUAAAAAGACUUUCACAUAGUUCUAAACAAGGAAUGGAGGAGUUCAAGAAUGAGGUUACUUUUGCAACCAAACUACAACAUGUGAAUCUAAUAAAACUCUUGGGGUUCUGCACUGAAAGGGAAGAAAAGAUGUUGAUCUAUGAAUACAUGCCAAAUAAAAGCUUGGACUUCUACAUCUUCGAUCCACAAAGAAGGUUGAUGUUGAACUGGGAGAAAUGGGUUGAAAUAAUUGAAGGGAUAAUCCAAGGACUUUUAUAUCUCCAAGAAUACUCACGACUAACAAUACUUCACAGAGACUUGAAAGCAAGCAACAUUUUACUUGAUGCUAAUAUAAAGCCCAAAAUAUCAGAUUUUGGUAUCGCAAAAAGCUUUGAGAGCAAUGAAAUUGAAGCAAGUACUGACCGGAUUGUUGGAACCUAUGGAUGUGUUCCUCCGGAGUAUAUAAAACAAGGUUUAUACUCUCGAAAAUAUGAUGUUUAUAGCUUUGGGGUUCUCCUUCUGCAAAUCAUAAGUGGGAAGAAGAACUAUAGCGUCUAUGGACCACAUCAAAACCUAAAUCUCCUAGAAUAUGCAUAUGUUCUAUGUAAAGAAGGGAGAGGAUUGGAGUUUAUAGAUACUUUAUUGGAUGAUGAAUCUUCAACAUAUAAAUUGACCAGAUGCAUUCAGGUGGCCUUGUUAUGUGUUGAGGAGAAAUGGACACACAGGCCAUCAAUGGUGGAAGUUGCAGCCAUGUUAAGGAAUGAAAAUCAAAAUCUUCCUAUGCCAAGAAGACCUGCUUUUUCAACAAAUGAAUAUGAUGAAGAAAAUAAAAAUAAAAUCAAUGGGAAUGUCCAUUCUGUUAAAUAACUAAUAUAACAGUUCUCGUUAGAAGUUCACGUCAGUUUUUUAAAUAAUAAUUCGACUUCUGUAAAAAAUUCUGUUAAUAUUGUAACUAUUUCCCAACUUUUACCACUGGGUCGUUGUUGGGUAUAUUUUUUUUUUAUGUAAGCCUAUUCAAACUUGGGUUCUA